UUCACUAGGAACAGAGUCGUCACUAGUGGAACCAUUGGUAGCAUAAGCAAUUAUCGAAGUGAUGGUGUACUGAGUCAGUGUCUGGUCUUUCCAACUUGAGGACAAAAUGCAAAUGGUGGGAGCUGAUGUUAGGAUUGGAAGGACUAAGGAGAACAUUGAUUGAUGCAGGACACUGACAGAAACGGACACUGAAGAUGAAAUACACUCAUCUCAAGAAAGUGUGUUUUGUUGGAAAGUUUUGGAAGGCGUUUACUGAAUCAAGCUUACUGGUUGGAUUGAAGUAAAACACUUACUCAGUGAUGCUUAAUAGUGGAAAGCCUUGAAAUGUUCGAGGAAAAUGGCUUUCUCUCUGUUUGUUCUCCUGAGGAUUUUAUACAACUGAGUAUAGGAAGAUAAACACAUGGGCGUUACUGCGAGAGGACACUGCUCUCAAAGAGCCAUUCAAUGAUGCACUUGUGACUCCAGAAAGUGUAGAGGCUUCACCGGGGCUCAAAGGAAUUAGGUUUGUUUUCUUAAAACCGACUUUGAACUUUUCAGUUGGUUUUCUAUCCCGUUGAGGCAUUUCCCCCUCUUCCUUGCCUAUUUCCACUCCCAGCUAUAGUAUAGCAGCGUCAGCUGCCAUUGUCAGCUUGCUCAGAGAGGGGCUUACGGAAAAACAACAGCCUACUUUGGCCCUGGGUGACGUGUGUAGUCCUGCCAUCAAUUUGCCAAACGAGCGAGCGGGGGCCUGUCAGCUGGUCGGAGCAUGCGCAUGUCGUGGGAAAGGGUUUCACCCACGGUGGCCGAUCUGUUCACAGGCACUUUUAUCAUAGUCACGCGUGCGUCGCCUCGUCUACCGAAGGAAAUCCUCAGAUAUAGUGACUAAAUUGACGCCUGAAACGAUCUCGUUUGGCUGAGGGAUUCACUGUACCAUCAUAUUGAAAAAGCUUUGUUUUAAGUAGUCGUGGACGAAGGAUAUACAGCACACAGCUGAUGAUGAACUCAACUUUGGAGGAUAUACCAGCGAUCUUUGCGUGAUUGUCCGAGCAAGAUUCAACAGCGAGAUGGAUGGUGUAGAUAACGCAUGCCGUAAUUACAGCCUUGCGACCCCACAAGACGUGUGGCGGUAACUGGCAUCUGUGUUAUUCCCGUGGAGAACUUUCCUCAUGCUAUCAGUUGUAGCGGAAUUCCAGAGAUGUAACGUCUUUUGUUGACUGCCUCUCGACGAUUCUUGGAUUUACUUGGAUUUACUAUCGUGGUGAUCUUUUCGACAAUGACUUGGACGCGGAGUCUUGGAGUAGUUGGCGCAAGGAGCCGUGACAGCCGGUCGCCCAUCGUCAAACUGGAGGAUGGGAUAGCAUGGGAGAGCAAAGACAAGGAUGGAAGGCUGCCUACCCCAGAACCGCCAGGAGAUUAUGUUUACGAAGAACUGCUUACAAGAACAAGUUGGUGCAAUGCAGAGUAUGCCUACAAAGAAAUAGAGCGGGGUCGUGCGCAAGGCAACAAGGCUGCGCUGUGGAUACGGGCAAGACUCCAAGCUCUUCUCUUUUACCUCGGCUGCACCAUUCAGCUGCACAGUGGAAAGGUACUUUUCCUGGGAAUUAUCAUCAUGGGUGCCUUUGCAGUCGGCCUCAAGCAGGCCAGAAUCGAAACGAAUGUGGAGAAACUCUGGGUGGAAGUUGGUGGAAGAUUAGAGCAAGAGCUGGAUUACACCACCAAGACAUUAGGAGAUGGCUGGGGAACCACCAACCAGAUCAUCAUACAAACUCCCAAAGAUGGAGCAGGCAAUGUGUUGACGCAGGACGCAUUGCUUCAACAUGUCCGAUCCACGAUAUUAGCAACUCAAGUGCAAGUCGAGAUGUACGGCCAAACUUGGAGCUUCAAAGAUGUUUGUUAUAUUACUGAUUUUCCAGCUUUUGAAGAUAACAUUGUAGAUCAAAUCAUUACUGAGUUAAUACCUUGUACAAUAGUAACGCCGUUAGAUUGUUUUUGGGAGGGAUCACGUUUGCUUGGUCCGGAGAACCCUGUACAUAUUCCCUUUUAUAAUGAUACAUUAAGAUGGAAGACUCUGGAUCCCAUACAGCUAUUAGAGCACUUUGAUGAUUACGAAGCCUUUAUCGCACCGGAGUCGUUAAGAGAUAUAUUCAAUAGGACGGGGAUCGGCCACGCCUAUCAGAACAGGCCAUGUCUCAACCCACAGGAUCCAGAAUGUCCAAGCACAGCGCCAAACAAGAAAAGUGGACAGGUGCCUGACAUAGCCGCUGAACUGACUGGCGGUUGUACAGGCUUUGCCAGUACCUUCAUGGUGUGGCCCGAGGAACUCAUCGUGGGAGGAGUCACAAAGAAUUCCACCAACCACAUCACGAGUGCGGAGGCGCUUCAGAGUAUCGUACAACUCAAGGGCCAGAAGAUGAUGUACGAGGCCUGGAAGGGCAACUACAAGGUGGAUGAGAUCAGGUGGACGGCAGAGAAAGCUGGAGCCAUUGUGGAGGAAUGGCAGCGUAAAUUCACACAGGUUGUACGGAACAGCUCUGUGCUGAACUCCCAAGACGUGAAUGCCUUCACCUCGGCCUCGCUCAACGACCUGCUGCAGGAGUUCUCAAAUCUCAGUGUUGUCAGAGUGGCUAUGGGAUAUGUCUUCAUGGUGAUCUAUGCUUUCUUCACCAUGAUGAAACUCAGUGACGGUGUGCGGUCUCAGGGUGGGGUUGGUCUGUCAGGGGUUCUGCUCGUGGCCUUUUCUGUGGUGGCUAGUCUGGGCUUUUGUGCCUGGAUCGGGCUCACAUUCAAUGCAUCCACAACUCAGGUCCUGCCCUUUCUUGCGCUGGGGGUCGGCGUUGAUGACAUGUUUCUGCUGGCACACUCUUCUACCUCCAUUCCCAGUCAAGUUCCACUUGUGUAUAAAACGGGUGAGAUUUUGCGUCGGUCUGGUGUCAGCGUUUUCCUGACGUCCAUCAACAACAUGUGUGCCUUUCUUCUUGCAGCUGUUAUUCCUAUUCCCGCUCUGCGGUCCCUCUCACUUCAAUUUGCAAUAGUAAUAGUAUUCAACUUCCUGGCCAUUGUGUUAGUGUUCCCUGCCAUCCUGGCAUUAGACAUCAAGAGACGAGAGUCUAAACGGGUAGAUAUCUUCUGCUGUUUAACAAACAGUCCAAGUGCAAAUAGGGUAAUCCGGGUCCAGCCUAGACCGGCUGAUACCAGACAGCCAUUGCCGCGACAGACGGAGGUCCGGCUACAGUCGACGGUACAAGCCGUCACGCAGACAGCGCCCUCACAUGGUGAGCGUCCGUACGUCACCGUGGUGCACCCAUCGUCGGUGACCACCACGGAGGGGAUCACGCCGGUGGUUGAAACGCCUCCUUCCACGGCGGCCUCUACCGCCUCCACCAGAACUCUGAUCAGGCAGAACUCGUUUGAGCGUGAGCGGCCGAGUCUGAGGGAGCGGUUCCGCAAGGUGACGUGUUGGAGAUGGAGCUUGUCUGGGUUUGCACGGGGAUACUAUGCACCCUUCCUGCAGAAGUUACAAGUAAAGGUCUGCGUGCUUGUAUUCUUUGCGUGCCUGCUCGGGCUCAGCAUUUACGGCGUGACCCAAAUCGAGGACGGACUGGAAAUCACGGACAUAGUCCCCAGAGGAACGCGGGAGGAAGAAUUCCUGGAGGCCCAGAUGAAGUACUUCAGCUUUUACAACAUGUACGGUGUAACGCAGGAGGACUUUGACUAUGCUAACAAGCAGCGGUUACUCCACGCGUACCAUACAGAGUUCCGUAACAUCGAGCAGGUGAUACGGGAGCCUGACGGUUCUCUGCCGUCCUUUUGGCUGAUCACAUUCAGGGAUUGGCUACUUGAAAUGCAAAGAGAGUUUGACAGGGACAAGAAAGGUAACGCCAUUAUCCUGAACAACUGGUACAACAAUGCAUCUGAGAAGGGAGUACUAGCCUACAAGAUGCUGAUCCAGACGGGUAUUCCUGAACGACCCAUUGAUUUCAAUAGGUUUGUCUCGGAGCGUCUUGUUGACGAUCACGGUGUCAUCAAUCCCGAUGGAUUCUAUAACUACCUGACAGUCUGGUGCAACUACGACACGUGGUCCUAUUCCGCCUCCCAAGCCAUGCUGCACCCUGCCCCCGCGCAGUGGACACCAGGCGGGAAAACAGACAGGGAUGUAACAAUUCCCCGAUCGAGUCCCCUGAACUACACCCAGCUGCCCUUCUAUCUCAACAACCUCCGGGACACGCAGGAUUUCAUCAGCGUGGUCAGGAACGUCCGCAACCUCUCGGAGUACUUCGUGGAGCAAGGCUUGCCCAACUAUCCCAUGGGUGUGCCCUUCACCUUCUGGGAGCAGUACUUGGACCUACGGUUCUACCUGGCGCUGUCGCUGGUCAGCGUGCUUGGGGCGAGCUUCCUAGUCAUGACGGUCACGCUGGCUAACCCCUGGGCUGCACUCAUACUGGUCUGCAUUCUUGGGAUGAUCACCACAGAGUUGUUUGGAUUCAUGGGAUUGCUUGGGAUCAAACUCAGUGCGAUUCCGGCUGUAACGCUCAUCAUAUCGGUUGGCAUUGGAGUGGAGUUUACUCUGCACACCUGCUACGCUUUCCUGACGACAAUUGGUGAUCGUAACAAGCGUGUUACUAUGGCGCUGGGGCACACGUUCUCGCCGGUCGUUGAUGGCGCUCUGUCUACCCUGCUCGGCGUGGUCAUGCUGGCUGGCUCGGAGUUUGAUUUCAUCGUCAGUUAUUUCUUCUACGUCUUCACUGCCCUUAUUGUCAUCGGCACCCUCAAUGGACUGGUCCUACUCCCCGUCAUCCUGUCAUUGGUCGGACCCCCGGCAGAGGUACGCCCACCCAACAACGCUACUAGACUGACCACGCCCACCCCACCACCCACCCCACCGGUGGAGAGGAGCGGGAUAGCCAUGCAGGGCCACCAGCAGCAGCAACGGUCAGGCAGACGGAGGGGCUGGGAAGGCACGGAGUUUGGUGGCUCGGUGUCGUCGAUGGGUGAUAGCGCCACCUAUAGAGGGUACGGUGGGGAGCACAUCGAGGUCCAUCCACCGGAGGUGGUGGUGCAGACGUUUGCACGGGAACCGCAAAGACAAGAGUGGAAAGCCCACAGACCUCCCCACCACCAAUGGCCGCGAUCUUCCAGAAUCCACCACCCCAACAUGCCGCACUACACAUCCUCAUCCUCGUCAUCACCUAGUCCCUCACCCCAGAUGUCACACCAUGUGACCACCGUGACAGCAACGGCCAAGGUCUCUAUUCUGCACCCGAUGUGCGGCGGAGGGGAACGGACAGACAGCUACAAGUACCACAAGAGGCGGAGAGACUGGGAGAAAGGAGGCGGUAGUAAUAAGACCAGAGAGAUUGAAGACAGAAAGGAGAAGGACAACAGUAGUUCAGACUCUCCUGUGUAAAUAUUAAGUUAUUUUCUGUGGCCACUGUGUGAACACAGCUUUCGAGGGUGAAUUAAGAAAACGCCCGAGCCUACGCGGUCAACCUGUGACACACCCACAACAUGAGCCACUUGACUCUAUCGAACACUGCCAAGGUGCCAGCAGUAGCAGGAACCCUGUACAGAUUAUGUUUUACAUACUUUGGAGUGUAAAGAUUCUAUGAAUAUUUAUUUAUGCUAAUGAAGCAAGUUAACCGUACCCUUAUCGUAUUAAUAAUAAAAAACAAGCCCGCAUAACAGUGGGUUAUUUGUGUAUAUUACAAAUAAGCGUUUGUAUGUAUUGGCACCCAGGUAAUGCUGUCCAGUAUAGCCGGCUUUACUGUGGUUUGCAAACUCUCUAUAUAUAUAAAAAACUAUAAAUAGUCAAAUUAUGUGUUUGUCGCGAAGGAUCUUUGUGUUUUAUAAUUAUUAUAUUAUUUUAUAAGACUCAGUAACUUUUUUGCCAAGUUGUAAGUAAAAAUAAAACAUUGUAUAGGAUUAUUAUUGUAUAUACUGAAGCCAUGGCUGGGACUAGAGGAUUUUUUAUUGUAUUCCUGGAUGUUCCAGGUAAUGUGUUUUUAAUAUUCUAAAAUAGAUAAUGCUUUAGCUUUUAUCUACUAUUUUCUUUUCAUUCGACAAGUAAUAGCACUCCAUGCUUUGGUUGGGUGCAUUUUUAUUGGAAGUUACUGGAACACCCAAAGGUGCUGUAAAAAUAACAAAACAGUUUUUGUCACCGAAAGUAACACUGCCUGAUUGUAUCAGAUACCCUCAGUAUUUGACAGAACACAGGUUUUUUCAAAAAAAGAAAAAUUAUUGAAACUUUUUGUGUGUGGAAUUUAAUACAUACAUUUAUGUAUGAAGAUAAUAAGCAGUUGUUUAUUAGGGUUGGUCUGGUUCCAUUUGUGUUUGAACCAGACAUCACUUAUUUAUCGGAUUUCCUUUAAAGCAUUACGUUUUUUGUCUUGUAUAAUUUAUAUCCUACCUCCUGUGAAUAGUGGAUAGAUCUGGCCAACAUUUGGCCUUAAGAUGCAAGAGGAAUGGACCAUUACUACAUGGGGGUGUGUUUUUAUUGCCAAAAUAUUGAAAACCUCUUUUGUAUCUAUAGUCAGUAUUAUUUUACAUUUGUUAAGAAAAAAGUAUGCUAAAAUCUGUUGAGGAUUUUUUUUUUAACAAUCUGUUGUGAUAUGUUGUCAUAGUGAAUUCUACAAUACAGUUGUAUAUAUAUUCAUGUACAUGUAGAACCCUUUUAAAAACCAUUUUCCCAAUACCAGGUUAACUGUAUCUGUUAUCAAGCGAACAUAGUCUGUUCUUGGAACUCAUUACUGAAUAUCAUCUUUUCUCUGCUGCCAUGUGUUGAAAAA